AAACACAACCGUCCAAAUCAAAACCACCACCACCGCAAAAACACCAUGAUGCUCGGCGAACCUCACCGCCCAAAUCCGACCAUCCACGUCCCCCCGUGGCUCAACCUCGACGAUCCGACGGCCGAGAUCUACUCCUCCCCUUACCCGCUCAGCGGCGUCUCCGUCACCUCUGACGUCACCAGUCCCAACAGCCCCUACCAUCUCAACGAGGCGCUCGCCACUCUCCGCCGCUACCUCCCUUCCAACGAAGUGUCGGAUCCCGACCCGGACCCGUACCCGGACUCGGAGUUUGAUCUGGACAACGACUCUCCUGUGGACGCCUACUCUUGUGACCAUUUCCGAAUGUUCGAGUUCAAGGUGCGGCGGUGUGCUCGUGGCAGGUCACAUGACUGGACCGACUGUCCUUUUGCUCAUCCCGGCGAGAAGGCCCGGCGCCGUGACCCGAGGAAGUUCCAUUACUCGGGUACGGCCUGCCCCGAUUUCCGAAAGGGUCAUUGCAAGAAAGGAGAUUCCUGCGAGUUUGCUCAUGGAGUUUUCGAGUGCUGGCUGCACCCGGCGAGGUACCGGACUCAGCCGUGUAAAGACGGAACUAGCUGCAAGAGGAGAGUGUGCUUCUUUGCGCACACUCCGGAGCAGCUGAGGGUGUUACCGCAGCAGAGUCCUCGCGGAUCAAACUCGGUUACCUCUUCGAUGGAGUCGUAUGAUGGGUCGCCGAUGAGGCAGGCGAUGGAGCUGGCGAAAGGGAUGCCGUUUUUGUCUGCUAGUCCGGAGAUUUCGCCGGAAAACUCACCGCCGAUGUCUCCGAUGACUCGGUCGGUGAGCCGGUCGCUGGGUUCGAGCUCCGUGAGUGAAAUGGUGGCGUCGCUGAGGAACCUGCAGCUGGGGAAGGUGAAGUCUCUGCCCACUUCAUGGAAUGUUCAAGUCGGGUCCGUUGGAUCAGUCGGGUCGCCCGGGUUUGUUUCUCCACGCGGGUCGAUGCUCCGACCCGGGUUCUGUAGCCUGCCAUCUACUCCGACCCGGAUUCCGACCCGCUCCACCGUUGGGGGGUUUCUGGAUUUCUGUGAUGAGGGUUGCGAGGAGGAGGUUCCGAUGGAGAGGGUAGAGUCCGGGAGGGACUUGAGGGCCAAGAUGUUUGAGAGGUUGAGGGAGGAGAAUUCUCUGGGGCGGGUCGACCCGACUCUGGCUUUGGGUGGUUCUUCAGGUGCUCCGGAUGUUGGAUGGGUUUCUGAGCUGGUGAACUGUGAAUGAGCCAACUGGCUGCUGCUUACUGCUUAAGUGUGUCUUAAUCAGAGAGCUGGAAUUUGAUUUCUGAAGCAAAGUCGAGCUGAAGAUAUCAAGAUU